AUGAGACGGAGGGCAACCGGAAGCGCGAAAGACUUUUUUAAGGGGUACGUCGAGGUCGAGGGCAAGUACGUCGAUCAGGGGUACGUCGACGAGGGCGCGGAUGCCAUGGGAAAGGUCACUGGUAUGAUCAAGGGAUGGUUUGGGAGAAAGUGAGGGGGAGGGGCUCAUUGUAUGCUUAUAUAUACAGUACGUCUUGAGGGCAUGGUAGUAAAUUAGUAAUCCCGCGCAGUUAUGCGUCAGUUUUGUUCUG